CACAAUUUAUAUAAUACUCCCAAGCACCAUUCCCUUUGCUAGUGAGCCUUGUCCCCUUGUUCUCAUCAAAAAAAAAAAAAAACCACCAAUGAUGCUUUCCCUUAUCCAAUACCAGAAUAGAUGGAGGAAAAAGUUAAAGGGGGAGGCAAAAAAAGAGAGAAAAAAUGGUCGAUGACUAGUUUUUUUUUUUAAUAUACAUAUAUAUGCUAGUAGUAUAACUUUAUGGGAUUCUUAUUCCCUCCAAAGAAUUUCAAUUCUCAGAAUUAUUUGGCAUCGAGUGCCCCCUUUUCAUAUGCUUCAUCCAAUCCAUAUUCCAUAGACGCUUUUCUUCCUCCUCUUUAUAGUUUCACUUGUUGGAAGGUUGACCGGCCGAGAGGGGCAACUGACCGAGAGUCUACUCUAGGAAGGCAUUAAGAUGAACAACUGGGCUGCUCCUGUUAUAGCUGCCGCACUAUUUGUAUUUCUGUCGCCGGGAUUGCUCUUUCAGCUUCCUGGGAAGCAUCGGCCGGUUGAUUUCUUGAACAUGAAGACUAGCGUGGUCUCCAUACUGUUGCACGCUGUUAUUUAUGGUUUGCUUCUUAUCUUGUUCCUCGUUGUUCUCAACGUGCACGUAGAUGUAUAGGCUGCAUAGCAGGCCAAAUCACAGUAGUAUGAAUGUUAUGUAACUAACCCCUUCCCCAACCCCCCUUCCUCCUCCUUCAAAAAGCAGGAAGCUGUUGGAAACUGAAACUAUAAGGUUCCGCUCCGUCUGUUGUGCUACCUUUGUUGCAUCCAUAUGCAAUAUGUUCGUAUUCUGAGUAGGGAUGUAUUGAUUUGCCACGCUCUUCCAUUAA